AUGGAGGACAUAGACCAGCUCUUCACCUAUCAAGUAUGCGUAUUGAAUGAGUUCAGGGAAAAUGAUGUUGCGAGUAACCUUCCAAAGGUUAAGCAAUCUUACGAAAGGAUACUGCUAGCCAUUUUGGAGGAGGUGAAAAGGUAUCAAGCCGAUUUGUGUAGCAACCGGAAGGAUAAAACUCGGAGUGAUGGUCUAUCGAAACAUAACUCCGUUCAUGAAAAUGCUAAUGAGGUAGUUAUCGACUUACAUGAAGGAUACACAAAAGGAUCAAGUACAGGAAUUCGAAAGAGAAAGCGUAAUGCAGAAGAGGAAGAGGAGGAGAAAGAGGAGAGUCUAAGUGGGGAGGAAAAAGAUAACACAAAUGAAAAAAAAGAUGGUAGUAGUAACCAAGGUAACGGAAACGUACGUGAGUAUAUCGAUAACUGCCAUACCGAGAAGGGGAACAAGAAGUUAAAGGAUGCCUCCCACCUCCGAAGGGACAGUCCACCACCCCACACAGUGACAGUGAAGCCAACGGAUAAACACCCCCCAGGAGGGGCACAAGCAGAACAUAUAAAAGUAGACGACGAUUUUAAGUUCCUAACUGCAGAAGAUCUACAUUUUAAAAUCCCCCUAAAGGAGCAGUGCGAUUUGAAAGGAUUAUUCAGUAACCUCGUGGAAGAAAUUAAAAACAAAAAUUACCUCAACUUGUAUAGGCAAAUGUACGUAGAAUCGUUUAGAAGAAAUCAGGAGAAAAUUCAAGGAGAGUCGAUUCUCCUUACUAGUGGAUCCUAUCAUGGGGGAGACCUCACAAAUAAUGAUGUCACAAAUCACAUGUCCCUUCCCAUUGCAGAGGGGAUGAUUAAAGUUGUAAAAUUCUACGUCGAAAGGGUAAAGAGCAAUUUGUGCCUUUUCUACUUCGACCUUUUUUUGUGCAUCUUAAAAGGUGCCGUGGCGGUGGAUUGCGCAGUCAAUUUUAUUGCCCACGAUUUGGCGGACGUCCACCGGGAGAGCUUCGGGAAGUUAUUGGAGGUGGUCUCCACGGGGGAAAGCCAAAAAGGGGAAACCGCAACUGGGGAAACCGCAACUGGGGAUAGCCCAAAAGGGGAAACCACAACUGGGGAAAGCCCAAAAGGGGAACCGCCAACGGGGGAUAGCCCAACGGGGGAACCGCCAACGGGGGACGCCCAAAACGGAGUGAUUAUCGCCAAUUCGGGGAAACGCGAGAGAAACCAACUACUCCAACAAAACUUUGCGGGCCACGUGAAGGAACUCAUCCUCAACAGCCUGCACUACCUGAUCGAGCUCCUCGAGCAAAUGAAAGAAAUUAAUUUCGCCAACUACUCCCAGUACAAGGAUAUCAUCUCCAAGUGUGUCAUGUCGCUAGAAGCAAAAAGGGUUAUAACAUAUAAAGAAGCCACCACGUACAUUGAGUGCAAAAAUUUCGACAAACUCAGCAUCUUCAACAAAGAGUUGUACAAACUGGUCACUAAAAUGAGAACCAAAAAUAUGUACAGCAUAUGGGUUUACAAUUUAUUAAGGGAAGAUAAAGACAACAUCCCCCUGUGGAAGCACACCUUGGCAGAAAGCACAAAAAGGUCAUGGGACAGGCACCUGAAAUGCUACUACUGUACAGACUUGAUAAAAUUAAAGAACAAAAUUUUCACCAUCGCGGGGCUUCACAAUUUAUGUCCACGCAGGGUACUCUCCAUUCUCAUUUUCUUCUAUGAGCAGAAUGUGGACAGCCCGAAGCAGCUGCUGCCUCUGUUCUUCCUAUACACAAAGGAAACCAUCACAGAUAUCAUUCUCCUUGAGUUAAAAAUAAAAAAUAAUUACAUCAAAGAGUUGGAACAGAAGGAAUUACAAAAAUUAAAAUAUCUCCAUAGAAGUGAAGAAGACAUGGGAAAAAAUAAUCCAGACUCGAGUAAAUUCCUAGAGCAUUUUUUUUUGAAUAAAAAUAAUUUAUUUACACCCAACUAUUUUAAAAUGUGUUCCAUUUUUAUUUUAAAUGACCUACUCAAUUUUAACACCUUUUAUGAACAUAUCCUCCCAAAUGAUGAGUUACUGAAGUAUGCUUUUUCAGAGCUCUAUAAAAAGCUUAAUGAAGAUUAUGACAAAUCGACGUCUGAGAGGUUGACUCCCUUUUUCUUUCCUUACCUUCCGUUGGAUAUAAGCGAGCUGCACCGUUUGUACAAUAAAGUGCGUAAGUAUAGUCAGAAAAGCAAAACUCCGGAGCGGUCUUCUUCCCGACAUGGCAGUGUCAUGGAUUCUACCUACAGUAGCAGCUCCGGGCAGAACAGCCACCCCUCCGGACAGAGCAGCCACCCCCCCGGUGCUUCUGCGCAGAAGGGCAGUUCGUACUCUAAUGAGAAUAUCGGAGAGGGUGCCACUUCGCAGGGUGGGAGCAACGGCAGGUCUAGCAGCAUCACGGAUGGAACGACCCCCAAAGGAGGGAAAAACUCCAAAGGGGUAAGCUUAUCAAACACAACCAAUAUGUUUACCAAUUGUGACCCAUCUCGGAGCAACCUCUCCAAAAUCUUCGAAGAAGGGAAACCCGAGAAUGUGCAAGAUCGCGUAGUGCACUAUCUCCUGAAUUACAAAAGUGUCGACAUAAAAAAAAAAAACGAACAAAUUGCGGACCUUCAUAAUAAGGACCCGAUUGAAUUUUUCAUAUUUGACAUGAUUCACAACCAAUCCAAUGGUGCUGAUAAUUUCGUUAAGAAUUACAUCGACAGGGAAGUACAACUGAGGAGCGAAAUGGAGAACUCGAAAUAUUUGUCCUACACCAAUUCGUAUGACUACCUCUUUCUUCAGGAUGACAAUUAUUUCUUGCUACUAGGUCGACUUUUUUUUAUUAAAAAUCCAAAGUUCUUAUUUCUGUCAUCUUUGAUUAACCUAAAUGCCUGGAGCUAUGUCGUCACCUUACUGGAUCAUAUGGCUAGCUACCAAUGCAACCCCUUCCUCAAUUAUUACGUCAGUUUAUCUAUAUCACGGCUGAUUGGAUAUUCCAUAACAUCAUUUGAGAAGGCCUAUCUGCCCAGCGAAACUUCUCGGGAGGUACUUACAGCAAGUGGAUCGAAUCAAAAAUCGAGACAUGUGCUUCCCUAUAUGAGAAAGAUAGCCAACUUAAAUGGGGGAGAAGCUACCUUCACUCGGGAUGACACACCCAACGGCGAGAGUGCUACUGUGGAAAAUGGAGACACCGAUGGACCCUGUUUCUUCUGCAAGAUUCAUCUCGACACCAAUAGGCUCUACAGCUACCAAUGCAUCAAAGUGCUGAACCGAAACAAGCCACACUUACAAAACCUGUUCAGGGAUGAGAAAAAAAUACAAAAGAAGAAAAAAAAAAUGAAACAAAUUUUAAAAAGCGUUAUUUACAGCGUUAGGGGCGGCACCCCCGGGGGAAGGAAUACCAAGACUGAUCAAACCAGUUGUGAUAGUCACUCUCCUUACGAGAAAGCGAAUGGAACUUCGAAGAAGAAAAAGAAUUCGAAUCAGCUCAGUCGUUCCUCUACCCUACUGCACUCCUUGCGGAAGUAUCUACUGCUCUGCUCGAACGCCCCUCCAUCUGACGAUUCAUCCGAGGCGGACUCGGUCGAUUUUGCGCCAAGUGAGAAAAACGAACGAGGGGAGGAGGACAACCACGCGUUGGGUCCCAAGGGGGACGCAUCCGUUAAGAUGGAACAGAUCAGCAGUGCGGACCCAGUCAGUAAUGCCGAUCCGAUCAGCAGUGCAGACCCAGCCAGUAAUGCCGAUCCGACUAGCAGUGCGGACCCCGCGACCAACCUGAACACGUUCCUGAGCUUCUUCUCAUCCAACCGAGCCAACAACUACAUGAAGAAAAUAAAAAAUGUAGAUGAUUUUUUCAGUAGAACAUUGCAGUAUGUGAAGUACCUGGGGUACUUCGGAUAUCUUUACAAGUCCCUGGUGAGGAGACUGCUGCUCAUAGUGAAGGCCUACGUGAGGAGGAAGGUGAGCCGGGGGGAAGAGCUGCAUAGCAACUUUGACAAGCUGUUCAUCCAUUUUUUUUUCUUGUGCCCGAUAAAUGAGGACGACGAGGGAGGAGGGGGGAUCGGAAGUAGCGGCAGCAUCGGGGGGAUGGGCAGCGUCGGCAGCAGCGGCAGCGUUGGUAGGAACGACUUAAAUGGUGGCGGUGAGUGCCCCCUGAAUGAGGACAUAUGGAACGUGCUGAGACUCAUCCCCGUGUCCAGGCGCUACAAGCUGUAUGCCAAAUUUUACAGAAAAGUGGAGAAAUAUCAGAAGGUCGUUUCCAAGCUGGCGGUGGCUGCUCACCCAGGCAAGGGAGGAGACGUCAGCGUGGGAGGCAGCACCGGAUCUGGACCACUCUUGCCCCACGAUAAGGCAUCCAUUGUCCUCUCCAUGAUCAACUUCGAGUUAUCCAAAAACAAACUGAGAAAAAUUAUCAAAAGGAUUACGUCGGAUAUUCUGAAGGAUAGGUACAGCAGCAAAGUGCAAAGCAUUUUAAUGCAGCUGACCGGAGUGAUAAAUAGAAAUCCCUUCGUUUCGUCGGACGUGAUUCUGCAGCAGUGUGAGCUGUUCGAUAAUAAUAUGAUCAUAACUCUGUCCGAGUCGAUCAAAGAUAUACAUAGCUUCUCCAGUGAUAUAUUUAUUUUUAAAAUUGUGGAGAGACAACAGCUGCUAAAUGUUAACAACUAUCUGUUAAGCAAACAAUACAGCAUGAACAGUUCAGACUUAUUUGAUGACUCCCUUUUCAAACCGAAGAAGCUGAUCAAUCUUUCGCUAGUCAGUGCCAAAUUUUUGUCUAAGCAUCCCUUUGCAGACGUCUACCCUCUUGUCCUCUCCAUUGUAAAGAGAUUAUUUUCUGAGCUGCACAUCACGGACCAGCUGUUCCUUAGAAAUAGGAGAGAAGCUCAGCAGGGCAGUAGGGGGUCCAUGUCAAGUUGGGUGGAAGAACAUGUAAUAAAGGGGGAGACGGAUGAGGAGAAAGAACCACCCCAGGGGGGGGCCAAUACCACCACCGCCAGUACCACCAAUACCACUACCACCCACUAUACCGACGAAUUCAAGCUAAGCAUCCUAAACGCGAUGAAUGUGAAAUACCCAGACGUUAUGAGUGGAUACAUAUUCGACAUAGACUACCUACAGAAGCUUAUCGAGAUUUACGGAGGGACAAGCGCAUCUGUAGAUGUACAAGAGCUUAAUGAAGAUCAACUAAAUGCUCAGUGUGGGUUCAAGUUACUCAAAAAAGAAAUCAUGAUAUUGGAAGAAAAUUUUAAUUUUAACAUGAAUAACGUAGAAUAUGAAAAUAUAGAAAAAGCUGAGAUGGAUGAUGAACGUCUACAAAAACUCUGCGUUGACAAUGCCACCAGGAAUUUGUCUAACCCUAAUCUCGUUUACCUUUUCUUGUGUACUUUGUCUAAAUUGAAAUAUGAGUACCUAUUCGAUAGUAACACAAAUAACUUAAGAAAUUUGUCAUCCCUAAUCGACAAAGUGGAUGCGGUUCUCCUUCAGUUUAUUAAUUUCCUACAGACGAACACGGAGCCUUAUCUCUAUUUGACUUACAUUCCCAGCAUCACUUUGAUUUUUUCCUACUUUGACAUUUCGCAGUCGUUUCACAUCAUCAGAUUUGCCUUCCCCUUCUUCGAUGAGAAGGGGGCUGCCAGGAGGCAGCACCGGUCCUCUUCCCCCUUGCCGCGCGCAAAGGGCGAUACCGCUAACAGAAACGAUGCCGCUAACAGAAGCGAUACCGCUAACAGAAGCGAUACCGCUAACAGAAGCGAUGCCGCUAACAGAAGCGAUACCGCUAACAGAAGCGAUGCCGCUAACAAAAGCGAUGCCGCUAACAGAAGCGACCCCGCGAACUGCAAGCCCAGCGAGGGGGAGCGCCGCCCGCCCCCGUAUGACGAUCCCACCUUCCACCACUCCAACGAGGAAAAGUGGAAACAAGCCAUCAUGCCGAUCGUCCAGAGAUACCUAAGCAUAGAAAACCUAAACGGAAUUAACAUCGAUUUUUAUCUGACCUACUGGAGACUAAGCAUCACAGAUAUCUAUGUCCCCCACAAGCAAUACCAGAAGGUGAUGGAAAAAUAUGACUCUUAUAUAAAGAAGCUAGAGAAACAUCAUGAGGAUAAUAAGAAGAAUGAAGACUACAAAUGGAUUCACAAGAAACUGAGAAAACUCCGUUCCAGAAAAGGAUCCAUUAACAGUGAGUACCAGUAUCACAUUGCACACACAGAGAAAAUAAAGAAACACUUAUCACAUGUAGUGGACCACUGGGUGAACCCACAAGAAAUUGACCUAACCACCUUUACAGCUUUCGUCAAAUGUCUCAUAGCCCCGAGAAUAUUAAACAGCGAAAAGGAUUCCUUGUUCUGUUCCAAGUUCAUACUAUUGCUAUUGGAGUUCCGUACUCCUCUGUUUAAUUUCUGCUUGCUAACAUACGUAUGCAUAAAAAUGCUCAUGCCAAUAAUAAAUGCUUGCACGGAGAAAGAAGCUCUAAAUAUAGGUCUGUUUUUUAAUGAGUUGUUUUCCUACGUGUAUCAGUUAUGUCAUGAUCCAAAAUACUUUACACUCGUGUCGGAAGAGAACCCAUGCUUUAGCAGCACACUGAACUUCGAGUCCAAAAUUACGAUUGAACACUCUUGUAUUAUUGGAAAGGUUGCCAAAUGGGAGAAGCUCCUCGUUUCUCUUCUUUUCGAAAAUAACAAUUAUCAGAAAUCAUGGAUUAAUUCGAAAUCUGUAGUAAUUUUCCUAUUUCGUGUUUUGCAUUCCUUUCCCUACUCGAACAAAGUGAAGCAUUCCAUAAGGAAGUACCUGCAGAACUUGCACUCCUUCGCGCAGAACCGUGGGUGGAAGGACAUUGCCAUCUCGGUCAACAGCUUGAAGACCAUCAUGGAGAGGAACCGGUAAAUGCACGCCCCCCUCACCCAAUGCAGCAAAGCGGCUGAGAAGGAAAAGAAGGAGGAGUCCGAGGUGAAGCCCCAGGAAAGCAAAGCCAGCUCGUCCAAGGCAAGCGCGCCCGCACCAAACCCAGACGGAAACGUGACGAUGAAUCCCUUCAAUACGUCCAACCCAGUGCAUAUGAACUCGAAUGCCAACUUCGUUCCCAUAACGAAGAGUAUGUAUAACACAAACAUGUACCCCGUUUUGCACAACUCCAUGAGCAUGCCGCCCAAGCCAUACAUGAAGGACAACCCAUUUAACAACAAAAUUCCUUCAACGCAGGAUCCGAAUAAGUACUUCAUGAAAAAUAAAUUUCGAUUUUUCUAACAUCAUGUCCAUGUCUUCCAUUAACCCAAACACCAUUAGCAUAAAUAACGACAUGAGCAAACGAAGAGACAUUUUCAGCGGCAUGCAAGGCAAUGCAAAUCCCUAUCCGUCCCCACCUCCCAAAGCAUUAGUUCAUAUGAAUGACAAAAAUAUGAUGAACAAAAAUAUGAGAAUGGACAGUCGUGCCAUGCAGAAUGAAGGUGUGAAUUAUACCCUGCCGCAGAACUUUAUGGGUAUGCAUCCGUACAUCCCUCCACCUAUGCAUGACAUGCCCCCAAACCAGAUCUUCCCAAAUGUACAUCAUGGUCAUAUGAAAACGAACAGAAAUUCGAACAGCUUCUCACGCAGA